UGGCGUACUGUCAAAUCAGAACAGAGAGGCGGCACUUCCUGUUGGGCCGAGGCGCAUUGUUGUGCUAUGACGUAAGGAGAGGGAAAAUGGCGGAGGUAGCAGCCGCCAAGCGGGGGCAGUGAUCAACGCCAGAGCCCGGCACCAGGGAUAGGCGACAGGCCAAAGGCCGGGAGAAGGCUGGGUGGGAACCGUGUCCAUGGCGAGAACCACCAGCCAAAUGUAUGAUGCUGUUCCCAUUCAGUCCAGUGUGGUCCUCUGCUCCUGCCCAUCUCCAUCAAUGGUGAGGAAUCAGUCUGAUUCCAGCACAAGGCCUGCUAUUUCUGGUAUCACCAUGGACAGUAGUGCAGGUGAUACCGGACCAGUGGUAAGCUCUUUACCACAGCACGCAGGACAACGGCAACAACCGACAUCACAGUCCCAGCGGCAACAGACAGGAGGGCAUGCUCAACAGCCUCGGAAGAAACGGCCUGAAGACUUCAAGUUUGGCAAGAUCCUUGGGGAGGGGUCAUUCUCAACAGUUGUAUUAGCACGUGAACAAGCAACUGGUAAAGAAUAUGCAAUUAAAAUUCUGGAGAAACGUCAUAUCAUUAAGGAGAAUAAGGUACCAUACGUUACUCGAGAAAGGGAUAUCAUGUCUCGCCUGGAUCACCCCUUUUUUGUAAAACUCUACUUCACUUUUCAGGAUGAUGAAAAACUCUAUUUUGGCCUUAGUUACGCUAAAAAUGGGGAGCUACUUAAGUACAUUCGUAAGCAAGGCUCAUUUGAUGAGAACUGUACACGAUUUUAUUCUGCUGAAAUUGUUUCAGCACUGGAAUACUUACAUGAGAUUGGGAUCAUACACAGUUACCGAUUGCAACUGUUCACAGUGGCUCUGGCCAAGUUUGAACCAAUCAACUUUGAGAAGGUCUUCGACGUCAAUAUCUCUAGCACAACUUCUGCUUGA